CCGGCAACCAGACAAUCGGACGCGACGGCGGGACCGCGGGGCAACCAGGCCCCCGGCUCCCCCGCCUCGCCCCGCGUCCCGGGCUCCGCCGGCGUCUGGCACCAUGUCGGUGCGGACACUACCGCUGCUCUUCCUGAACUUGGGCGGGGAGAUGCUUUACAUCCUGGACCAGCGGCUGCGGGCCCAGAACAUCCCGGGAGACAAGGCCCACAAAGUUCUGAAUGACAUCAUCUCCACCAUGUUCAAUCGAAAGUUUAUGGAGGAAUUGUUCAAACCCCAAGAGCUCUACUCCAAGAAGGCCCUGCGGACGGUCUACGACCGCCUGGCUCAUGCCUCCAUUAUGAGACUGAACCAGGCCAGCAUGGAUAAGCUCUAUGACCUGAUGACUAUGGCUUUCAAGUACCAAGUCUUGCUGUGUCCCCGCCCCAAGGAUGUGUUACUGGUCACCUUCAAUCAUUUAGACACCAUCAAGGGUUUCAUCCAAGACUCCCCAACCAUCCUGCAUCAGGUGGAGGAGACCUUCCGGCAGCUGACUGAACCUCUCCCUGUCUCGGCAGACAUACGGGGGCCUCUCGGCGGGGGAGUUCCAGCUGAUCCGCCAGACGCUCCUCAGCUUUUUUCAGGACCUGCACAUCCGGGCAAUGGAAUAGAUGCAUCGGAUGCCCGGGGAAGAAGGCUAAGUGGCAACUCGAGAUCUGAGAGCCAUCAGCACAGAGGUGAACACUGGGAACAGACGAGAUCACCUGGGAGAAAAGAGUGGGGAAUCAGAGGAGAAGGAAGGGGAGAGUCACGCUUACAGCAGAAGGUAUCCAUAUUUCUAAAGGACAGAGUUCAGAAUUCUAAUGGUCGCUUUGUGUUGCCGGUGUCCGGGCCUGUUCCCUGGGGAACUGAAGUUCCUGGACUCAUCAGGAUGUUCAACAACAAAGGCAAAGAAGUGAAGAAGGUGGAAUUCAAGCACGGUGGACACUAUGUCACUGCCCCCAAAGAAGGUUCUUUUGAGCUUUGUGGAGACCGAGUCCUGAAACUGGGAACCAAUAUGUACAGCAUUAACCGGCCCGUGGAAACGCAUAUGUCUGGAGCAUCAAAAAACUUGGCUUCACGUACACAGGAAAGCAUUGUUCCAAACCCUCUUGCUAAAGAAGAGCUGAAUCUCUUGGCCAGGCUGAUGGGAGGGAUGGAGAUUAAGAAAGCCAGUGGCCCCGAGCCAGGAUUCCGGUUGAAUCUCUUCACCACCGAUGAAGAGGAGGAACAAGCGGCGCUCACCAGGCCAGAGGAGCUAUCGUACGAGGUGAUCAACAUACAGGCUACUCAGGACCAGCAAAGGCACGAGGAGCUGGCUCGCAUCAUGGGGGAGUUUGAGGUCACCGAGCAGCCGAGGCCAAGCACCAGCAAGGGGGAUGACUUGCUGGCCAUGAUGGAUGAGUUAUAGCUGUGCCGGCCGAGCACCCCCACCCCGCGGUCCCUGUGGGGUGGGCCGCCCCAUAAGGACCCCGGGGAUGCCCCAGGCAGCAAACCGAGCGAGGCUGCUGCUAGUUUUCUACUGAGUGAGUGGUUACCUCCCAUUCCUGUUUGUGUUGUAAAGAACCAUGCGAGGCUCCUUCCAGUCUGGAAGGCGCACACAUAUACAUGUUUUCAGCUUUUCAAUUGGA